AUGGCCAAGGCCGCACGCGUGGACGCAGCCGGCGAACUCCUGGACGACCUCCUGCUCCUCAUCUUCGAGCGCUUGCCGGGCGUCCAGGACCUCCUCCGCUGCGCAGCCACGUGCAAACAGUGGCUCUGCCUCAUCAAAGACUCGGUCUUCCUCCGACGCAUCGGCCUCUGGCCGGAGACGGCGCCCCACCCCUCGGUCCUCGUCGGCAUCUUCUACCAGAACGUGGUAGUGCCUAGCGCGAUUCAGCCCCUCAGAAGGAUACCCGAAUGUCCUCCCCAAUUCUUGAGCCUUCAGGCUGGGGGCGCCCAUCUGACGUUCGACUCCUUCGUCGCCAACGACGAUGGGCUCUUCAACUUUGCAUGGCCACUGGCAUCGCGCCGUGGUCUUCUCCUCGUGCACAUCAUGCUGCCUACCCCGGUCGACCACCAAGGCCACCGUCCGAAGCUCCUUCUUGCCGUGUGCCGCCCUCUGAUCGACAAGCGGCGCAGGCAUCUGCUCCCACCGCCUCCCUUCUUGGUAAGCCAUGGAUUCAUGAACGGGCACCGCCUAACUGGCUAUGCUCUUCUCACCGAUGAGGACCACCGUGCCAUUGAUGAUUUGGAUCAGCAACGACGACAACCGUCGUUUCAAGUCGUCUUGACUUACACAGGCGCCAACAGAGUCAUGUAUGCCUGUACGUACUCCUCUGCCACAGACAGUUGGAGCACUCCCAUCAGGUGCCACCAGGUUUCACACCUCGUCAGGUGUGGACCGUAUGCCGGCGUCGUCACCUGUGGCACCGUGCACUGGCUGUUCACAGACCAGAGAAGCUUCUACACACUCAAUGUAAGUGUCGCCACGGCACAUGUCUCAUCGACCAAGAUCCCCAUCAACGUCCGCGCUGGUGAGCAGCGGCGGCGAGUGCCGUUUCCAUGUGUCACUAGAGAAAGAAAGCUUUCUUUUGUGAGCAUUCGAGAUGAUGGUGUGCUAGAGCUUUGGGCCAAGCAAGGGCAUGAUGGCAAUGAUCAUGGCGGCGAGGCUGGUGCGGGAGGGUGGUUGCGCUCUGACCUGAUAAAUCUAGGAAGCGGUGAUAAAAUAAACCUCGUCUUCUUCGCAGAGAAAAGAGGUGCCAUGCUCGUCGAGCAGGGCGGUGCUUUCUUCACCAUUGAUCUCAAGAGUAAGGAAAAGGCGUUGGUCGAUCUCAAAGGUGAGGAAAAGAAGCAUGGCAGGGGCAUCUGCAGGUUUCCAAUGCAUCGCUGUAGUAGUAGUUGGUGUAGUGGAUUCCACUGCAGCUGGGGGAAGAUCAGUCCUUGCGCGUAUAACAAGCCUGUGCUGUACGAGGUGGAUUGGAUAAUUGAGGCAAGAUGA